GAGGAGGAGGAGGUGGAAGAGAAAGAGGAGGAGGAGGAGGAGGAAGAGGAGGAGGAGGAGGAGGAAGAGGAGGAAGAGGAGGAAGAGGAGGAAGAGGAGGAAGAGGUGGAAGAGGAAGAGGAGGAGGAGGAGGAGGAAGAGGAGGAAGAAGAGGAGGAAGAGGAGGAAGAGGAGGAGGAGGUGGAAGAGGAAGAGGAGGAGGAGGAGGAGGAAGAGGAGGAAGAGGAGGAGGAGGUGGAAGAGGAAGAGGAGGAGGAGGAAGAGGAAGAGGAGGAAGAAGAGGAAGAGGAGGAGGAGGAGGAGGAGGAAGAGGAAAAGGAGGAAGAGGAAGAGUAGGAAGAGGAGGAGGAAGAGGAGGAAGAGGAGGAGGAAGAGGAGGAGGAGGUGGAAGAGGAAGAGGAGGAGGAGGAGGAGGAGGAAGAGGAGGAAGAGGUGGAAGAGGAGGAGGUGGAAGAGGAAGAGGAGGAGGAGAAGGAACAGGAGGAAGAGGAGGAAGAGGAGGAGGAGGAGGAGGAGGAAAAGGAGGAAGAGGAGGAAGAGGAGGAGGAGGAGGAAAAGGAGGAAGAGGAGGAAGAGGAGGAGGAGGAGGAGGAGGAAAAGGAGGAAGAGGAGGAAGAGGAGGAGGAGGAGGAAAAG